UGCUUCAGAAAUGAACCAUGCCCUGCUGCAAGUCGUCUUCUGCUCCUGGUGUCGACUUUCCUACACAUCUCAAAUUUACCUUGACAAUCACGUAAGGAGAAGCCACUAUGAGGAUCAUGUGAGAUCGGAGCCCAGAGGAAGCUCCAAUAGUCGGCAAACGUGCUCUGAUACUCUCCAAAUGAACGCCAGACGAAAUCGGAAAGAAAUAUGUCGCUCCUCAAAAUGUGGGAAGGGCUUUAUGAAUCUCCAUAAUCUUGGUAAGCACCAGUGUGUCCACACAAGAGAAAAGCCACUUCCCUGCUCACAAUGUGGAAAGAGUUUUACUUACCAGUGUCAUCUCCGACAACAUCAGCGCGUUCACACAAAAGAGAAACCGUAUUGCUGCCCACACUGUGGGAAGAGCUUUAAUCAACAUGGCAACCUUCAAAGACACCAGCGCAUUCAUACAGGAGAGAAGCCGUAUCAGUGUUCACAGUGUGACCGGCGUUUCACUGAUCAGGGCACUCUAAUAAAACACCAACGUAUUCACGGAGGGGAUAAGCCGUAUCAUUGCUCAGAAUGCGGAAAGCGUUUUAGAGAACAGAGUAGUUACAGAAACCACCAGCUUAUUCACACGGACGAAAAGCCGUACCAGUGCUUACAGUGUGGAAAAUAUUUUCGACAGCGGCGUCAACUCAAAGAGCACCAGCGCGUUCACACAGGAGAGAAACCAUAUCUCUGCUCACACUGUGGAAGUAGUUUCAAUAAAAGCAGUACGCUACAACGACAUCAGCGAAUUCACACAGGAGAGAAGCCGUACGUCUGCUCACAGUGCGGGAAGAGCUUUAUUCAACAAAGUGAUCUCCAAAGACACCAGGGGAUUCACACAGGAGAGCAGCUGUAUUACUGCUCAGAGCGUGGUAAGAGUUAUUAUCACCAGCGUAUUCGCACCGGAGGGAAAACGUAUCAUUGCUCACAGUGUGGGAAAAAAUUUACACGCCAGAGUAAUCUCAAAGAGCACGAACUCAUUCACAAAGGAGAGAAGCAGUUUCACUGCUCUCAUUGUCGGAAGAGUUUUAACACGAAAAGGUCUUUACGAAGACACCAGCGUAUUCACAAGGGCGAGAAGCCGUAUCACUGCUCAGAAUGUGGGAAGAGCUUUAAUCAACUGGACGAUCUUCAAAAACACCACCGCAUUCAUACAAGAGAAAAGACGCAUCAGUGCUCGCUCUGCGGGAAGAGUUUUGCUUACCAGAGUAAUCUCAAAACACACCAGCGCAUUCACACAGGAGAGAAGCCGUACCACUGCUCACAGUGUGGACAGAGAUUCACUUAUUUCAAGACGUUUAAAAAGCACAAGUGCACCAACGUUGAGCAGUCAGAUUGUGCCACAUGAUCUUCGAAUCUAGAUAGAAGGUUAUUGGUGCAGGCGGGCUGGUUUAAUUGUUUCAGAAACUGCUGACCACUGAAACCCCUCGGAUUUUAAUGUACAACACUGUCUAGUUGCUGGGGGGAAUGGGAAGAUGCCACCAGUUCUGUUUUUCGAUCUUUAACUCUUGAAUUUCGGCCCACUAUAGCCUUGGAUCUUUGUUCUUGGCUGAUAGGAGUGGAAUCCAGUGUGAUCUGUAGCCCAUCUGCUUCAUGGUUUGGGAUGCUUUUCUUCUCAUCAUGGUUGUAAAGAGUGGUUAUUCAGUCCCUUCAAUACAUCACAAUUUUGCGAUCGCAGAAAAUCUGCAAUAUUCAGAGCAGCUUGCAAUUUUUCAAAAUUACCAUGGAUUUGGACAGACACGUCAUGUGACGUCUUCACUGCUCAUUUAGGCAAAGCCCUUUUCAAUUCAUGUGUGUCAAACAUGAGUACAGCUAAAAGAUCUCAUGUACCAACAAACAUCGCUGCGAAAGGUCGUGCAAAACAAUUUCGUGUAAUUGCAAAUUUCACCAAUUAUCGCAAAAUCGAGCAUUUUUUGCUGCAACAAUCACAGAAAAACUCCUGAAAAAAUCUUGUACAAACUUGUUAUUUGACGUAUUCUAGCCUUCUUGUCCACUCAAACCAGUUUGGACGUUCUCCUGUGAUCUCUCUCAUUGACGAGGCGUUUCUGCCUGCCUAACUGCCACAGACUCUGGGGGAUAAAGUGAAUUUGGAGGACCCGGUACAUUAUGCAGUGCUGAGUUGAGUGUGCUGAUAGCUUUGGGCUAGAAAAUGUUCAGUAAUCUGGAUGUCCAUUCUCUGAUGGUCUGAUAGCGCUUCCCAGAUGGCAGCAUGACAAAGCGGUGGUGGCAGGGUGUGCGGUAUCCUUGAUGCUAGAAGCUUUCCACAGUCAACGGGAACUGUAGGUAUCCUCCAGGCCAUGCAGCUGGGUUUCGGUGAUUCUCUGGCCUAUGAUGAUGACUCUUUACAAAGCCCUUUUUAGCCUUUAGAGCAGUUGCCAUACCACAAUGAAAUCCCUUUGGUCAAUACAUUGCCGAUGGCACAGCAGUAAAAUGUAGUCAAGUAUCAGGUAGCAGAAAAUUCUUGAUGUCCAAUUGGGGUUGUUUGGUUUGGGAACCCAAAAGAUUUGGGAACCCCUGCUCUAGAGACUGUUGUGUAUGAAAAUCCCAGGAGAUCAGCAGUUUCUUAAAUACAAAAUUCAUAUCUUUUUUUAGUGUUUUCUAAAAUGAGAGCACGAUGGUUUAGUGGUUAGCAUGUUCGUCUCACACCUCCAGGGUUGGGGGUUCCAUUCCCGCCACUGCCCUGUGUGUGCCGCGCAUGCAUGUUCUCCCUGUACUGCGGGGGUUCACUCCGGUUUCCUCCCCCAGUCCAAAGACAUGCAUUGUAGGCUGACUGGCGUGUACAAAGUGUCUGUAGUGUAUGAAUGGGUGUGUGAAUGUGUAUGUAAUUGUGCUCUGCAGUGGUUUGGCACCCUGUUCAGGAUGAACCUCGCCUUGUACUCCCUGGGGUAGGCUCCAGGUUCCCCAUGACCCUGUAGGAUAAGUGGUAUAGAAAAUGGAUGGAUGGUUUCUAAAAUACCCUUUCUUAAACAAGCCUGUCUGGCAACCAUCAACCAUGCCAGAUCACAUUUUCCCCCAUUCUCAUGUUUGAUAUGAACAUCAACUGAAGCUAUUGACCUGUAUCUGCAUGAUUUAUGCAUUAUGUCAUUCCCACAUGAUUGGCUGAUUGCAUAAGUGCAUGAAUGAGCAGGUGUACAGGUUUUCCUAAUUGAAGUGGCCAGUGAGCAUAUGUAUAUCUAUAGUCUUUUAUGUUCAUUGAAUAAAGUUGGCUCCCUACUUUAAAAUUACAAAUACUCUCUGUUGGUUCUUCAUUUCAAUCCAAUACUAUAUCUGCAUAUAUCAUGAAAAGCAUUCAUAUAUUUAUUCUUCUCCAAGUGACUUAGCCACCAAUCCUGGGGGUAUUCCAGUCUCACGCAUGGUUACUGAACAAUUUAAUGUACUUUUAUUCUGUAGGAAGUUAUUCCUUCGUAUAUCUUUUAUUUUCUAUGGCCGA